CAACUUCCCUGCUGGUCAUUAGUCUCCUGACCACCUUUCUUCUCAUUUGCUCUCUUCCUGACUUGGUAGCUGUUUCUGAGUCGCUAGCCUCUCAGAGCCCGGCUUCUGUUCUCCAGUCAUGAACUGUACUUGGAAAGCCCUUCUUCUGCUGACAGCUUUUGUUUCUUCUCUUGGCUUCAACUUGGACACAGAGAAGCCAACACAUUUCCAUAUGGAUGUUGCUGGCUUUGGACACAGUGUGGUUCAGUAUGACAACACCUGGGUGGUGGUGGGAGCUCCAAAGGAAAUAAGGGCCACUAACCAAAUGGGUGGCCUUUACAGAUGUGGCUAUCACAUGGACAAGUGUGAGCCUGUCCACCUCCAGGUGCCCCCAGAAGCUGUGAACAUGUCCCUGGGUCUGUCCCUCACUGCUGCCAGCAACCCUCCCAGGCUGUUGGCCUGUGGUCCUACUGUGCACCACACAUGCAGAGAGAACAUAUACUUGACGGGACUCUGCUUUCUACUGGUCUCAUCCUUCCUGCAGUACCAAAGGCUCCCCACUGUGCCACAGGAGUGUCCAAGACAGGACCAGGACAUUGUGUUCUUGAUUGACGGCUCGGGUAGCAUCGCUCACAGAGAUUUUCAAACAAUGCUGAAAUUCGUGGAAGCUGUGAUGAAACAAUUCUAUCGCCCUCGCACACAGUUCUCCUUGAUGCAGUUCUCCCAUAGAUUCUGGACACAUUUUACUUUUAAUGACUUCGCCUCUGCUUCAAAUCCUUUAAACCAGUUGAACUCUGUGAAUCAGCUGGGAGGGUUUACACACACAGCCACGGCUAUCAAGUAUGCCAUAACAGAACUGUUCACUGCCCAAAGAGGGGCUCGGAAAGAUGCCACCAAGGUCCUCAUUGUCAUUACUGAUGGGAAGAAAAAAGGUGACAGCCGGAAUUAUAAUGAAGUCAUCCCCUUGGCUGAGGCUGCGGGCAUCAUUCGUUAUGCAAUUGGGGUAGGACAGGCCUUUUACAGUGGACAUUCCUGGCAAGAAUUAGUGGAUAUUGCAUCGAUGCCUUCCCAAGAAUACAUUUUCAAUGUGGAGAACUUUGAGGCUUUGAAGACCAUUCAGAACCAGCUGAAGGAGAAGAUCUUUGCCAUUGAGGGCACCGAGACAGCAAGCAGCAGUUCUUUUGAGUUGGAGAUGUCCCAGGAUGGCUUCAGUGCUGCCUUUACGCCUGAUGGACCAGUUCUGGGAGCUGUGGGAAGCUUCAGCUGGUCUGGAGGUGCCUUCUUAUACCCCCCAAAUACGAGACCCACCUUCAUCAACAUGUCUCAGGAGAAUGUGGACAUGAGGGACGCCUACCUGGGUUACUCUACCGCACUGGCCUUUUGGAAGGGGGUCUACAGCCUGGUCCUAGGGGCCCCACGCCACCAGCAUACCGGGAAGGUUGUCAUCUUUAGCCAGGAGUCCAGGCAAUGGAGGCCCAAGUCUGAAGUCAGCGGGACACAGAUCGGCUCCUACUUUGGGGCCUCCCUCUGCUCUGUGGACAUGGAUGGAGAUGGCAGCACUGACCUGGUCCUGGUCGGGGCCCCCCAUUACUACGGGCAGGCCCGAGGGGGGCAGGUAUCUGUGUGCCCCAUGCCCAGUGGGAGAAUCAGGUGGCAGUGUGAGGCCACUCUGCAUGGGGAGCAGGGCCAUCCUUGGGGCCGCUUUGGGGCGGCCCUGACAGUGCUAGGGGACGUGAAUGGGGACAAUGUGACAGAUGUGGCCAUCGGUGCACCUGGAGAGGAAGAGAACAGAGGUGCUGUGUAUGUAUUUCAUGGAGCCUCAAAACUGGACAUCAGCCCCUCGCCCAGCCAGAGGAUUUCAGGAUCCCAGCUUUUCUCCAGGCUCCAAUAUUUUGGGCAGUCACUGAAUGGGGGUCAGGAUCUCACCCGGGAUGGACUGGUGGACCUGGCCGUGGGGUCCAAGGGACACGUGCUGCUGCUCAGGUCCAGACCGAUUCUUCGAAUGUCAUCGACUAUAGGCUUCAAACCUACAGAGAUCGCCAGGUCUGUGUUUGAGUGUGAGGAGCAAGUGGCCCCUGUCCAGUCACUGGGUGAUGCCAUUGUCUGCCUUAAUAUUUAUGAAAGUUCCCGGACCCAACUAGGUGACCUCCGAAGCUCUGUCACCUUUGACUUGGCCCUAGACCCUGGCCGCCUGAGUCCCCGUGCCAUCUUUGAGGAAACAAAGACCCAGGCUCUAACCCGAGUUAAAACCCUUGGUCUGAGCAAGGACUGUGAAACUGUGAAGUUGCUUCUCCCAGCCUGUGUGGAAGACUCAGUGACCCCUAUCACGUUGCGCCUCAACUUCUCUCUUGUUGGAAUGCCCAUCCCUUCCCACCAAAACCUUCAACCCAUGCUGGCUGUAGAUGAGCAAACGUACUUCACGGCCUCUCUUCCCUUUGAGAAGAACUGUGGAGCUGAUCACAUCUGCCAGGAUGACCUUGGCAUCAACUUUGGCUUCCCAAACUUGAAGACUCUGGUGGUGGGAAGUGAUCUGGAGCUGAAUGUGGAUGUGACAGUGUCUAACGACGGGGAAGAUUCCUAUGGGACCACAGUCACUUUGUCAUACCCAGUGGGUCUGUCCUUCAGACGAGUGGCAGAAGGCCGAGUUCUCCUUCGGGGGAGGGAAGAGAACCAACGACGGCAGCACUCCCUGCACCUCACAUGUGACAGCACCCCAAGCAGGAACCAGGGCUUCUGGAGGACCAGUUGCAGCAUCAGCCAUGUCAUUUUCCGUGGAGGCGCACGGAUGACUUUCUUGGUGACUUUUGAUGUCUCCCCCAAAGCUGUGCUGGGGGACCGGCUGUUUCUAACUGCCAGAGUGAGCAGUGAGAACGACACACCUGGGAACCGAAAAACCACCUUCCAGCUGGCGCUCCCAGUAAAGUAUGCCGUGUACACCGUGAUCAGCAGCCAUGACCAGUCUACCAAGUAUCUCAACUUCUCGGCCUCAGAAAAGGAGAGCAGUGUGGUGGAGCAUAGAUACCAGGUGAAUAAUCUGGGGCAGAGGGACAUUCCAGUCAGCAUCAACUUUUGGGUGCCUACAGAGCUGAAGGGAGAAGCUGUGUGGACUGUGGUGGUCUCCCAACUCCAGAACCUGCCCACCCAGUGCUAUCAGAAGAGACUAGUGCCAACACAAUCAGACCUCCUGGCCCACAUGCAGAGGAGCCCUGAGCUGGACUGCUCCAUUGCUGACUGUCUGCACUUCCGCUGUGACAUCCCCUCCUUGGGCAUCCAGGACGAGCUUGACUUCAUCCUGAAGGGCAACCUCAGCUUCAGCUGGGUCAGUCAGACUUUGCAGAAAAAGGUGGUGGUCAUGAGUGUGGCAGAGAUCACAUUCAACACUUCUGUGUAUUCCCAGCUGCCGGGGCAGGAGGCAUUUCUGAGAGCUCAGACGAAGACAGUGCUGGAGAUGUACGAAGUUCACAACCCUGUCCCUCUCAUAGUGGGCAGCUCGGUGGGAGGUCUGCUGCUGCUGGCUCUCAUCACAGCUGCACUGUACAAGGCUGGUUUCUUUAAACGUCAAUACAAGGAAAUGAUGGAGGAGGAAGCUAAUGGACAGAUUGUCUCAGAAAAUGGGGCAGCAGACCCCCAAGUUUCCCAGUGAGAACUUAUCUCCUUGUCUUCUUUGAACUUGCCCUCCUGAGAGCUUUGCCAGAUCUUGUGCUCAAGGGCAAAGAAACAUUCUGCACCAGGAAUGCUGGGACCAAGCCAACUUUGCUCUUUGUGUCUUGUUUGGGAAGGGACAUUUGUCUGGUCAAAACUUUACUGGGAAACUCGGAGGACCCGUUCUCUGCUAUGGCCCAGAUAACAUGACCAGGAACUUCUACCUAGGAAUACAUGGGGCAUUCAGUGGCUCCCUUCUCCCUUUGACCACUAAUGAGCUUUCUACGAAGAAGAGUGGACAUAGUCAUUCACCUUUGUGUAUUUCCAAUUCUUCCCAUCUACUUCCAGGGUGUUAGAGUUGAGUUCUGUCUCCAGGAGGCGAGCUUCAGACAGCCUGGGAUGCUCUGUGCUUCCACGCCAUCCUCAUUUCUAGUAAAAUAUUGUUUCUUUGA